UAGGUUAUAGGUUUGUAGGUUUGUAGGUCAACUGUAGGUGUAGGUGAACAGGGAUAGCAGGUUGCAGGUUUGUAUAUAUAAUAUAUGUAGGUUAAGGUCAGCUAGGCAAACUAGGCUUCUGGAAUAAAAAACAGAGGCAUAAAAGAUUGAGUCUUCAUGACCAUAUUUGGGCAUAAAUGUAGACCAUUCUAAAUGACCUAUCGUCUAAAAAUAAGCCAGUGUUUCAAGAACGAACAUGCCUAAUGUUGAACAGAAAUGUUGGAACUCUGAUCUACUGAGCACAAUAAUAUUGCUUUAACCCUCGCCCGCACAUGCCAUUUUCCCAUCCUAGAACGCGCAUGGGGGGGGGGGCUGCCACCCCCCGCGCCAUUUCGUUACUGUUGGAGAUAGAGCUUCGCGGUAAAGACCAAAAAGAUUCUUUGGGAAGAGACGAAUCCAACGAUACCCAGUUUUACCUUCUCAGGAUUGUCUGAUGGCUGACAACUGAGUUUUAAGCCAUGAAAUGCUUUGUGAGAAGCCCACUUCAACUUCACCAUAUGUGGAGACAGCAAUGGUCCAGGCCACUCUCCACACAUUCUGCUCUACUUCAGGAAGUGAGGACGAGGUUCGCUCCCAGUCCUACAGGCGAGCUGCACCUGGGCAGUCUACGCUCAGCACUCUACAACUAUCUGUUUGCGCGGUCCCAAGGCGGCAAGUUUCUGCUGAGGAUUGAGGAUACGGACCAGACACGCACAGUGCCUGGCGCCGUGGAUCGGCUUCUACACACGUUGGAUACGAUGGGUCUGCAGCCGGACGAGGGGCCGGGUGUGGGAGGUCCGUACGGCCCGUACACCCAGUCUGAGCGUACCGCUCUGUACCGAGAGAACGUGCAGCGCCUGUUGGAUAGUGGCGCCGCCUAUCGGUGCUACUGCACGCGCCAGAGGCUACAGCUGCUGCGGCGUCAGGCGCUCGGCCGCGGCGAGAAACCGCGCUACGACAACCGGUGCCGCCACCUGUCCGAGGAGAAACGAAACAUGCUGGAGGAGCGAGGCGUGUCGCAUGUCGUCAGACUGAAGUUGGAGAACACGGACACACCUUUCACGGACCUGGUGUACGGCGAGGUGACGUUCGACGUAGCUGCCCAGGAGGGCGACCCGGUGCUGAUGAAGGCGGACCACUUCCCCACCUACCACCUGGCUAACGUGGUGGACGACCACCUGAUGCGCGUCACUCACGUCCUGCGCGGGGUGGAGUGGCAGGUGUCGACGCCCAAACAUAUCGCUCUCUACCGAGCGUUAGGCUGGGAUCCGCCCCAAUUCGCGCACCUACCCCUGGUCACCAACCCGGACGGAACGAAGCUGAGUAAGCGGCACGGGGACGCCUCGGUCGAGUCCCACCUACAGCGGGGAGUGCUACCCGAGGCGCUGCUCAACUACGUGUGCCUGGCCGGUGGAGGAUUCAAGGAGCUCGACCAGACGGCGCUGACGAGCGCCAGGGAGCUGACAGAAAAGUUUGAGCUGAGCCGUGUCAACACAUCCUCGUGUCGGCUGGACCCGGAGCGACUGCGGCGGCUGAACCUGCUGGCUCUGAGGCGUCGGCACCAGGACAGCCAGCACCGGGAAAAGAUGUGUGACCGUGUGCGGCAGCUGGUCACAGAACGCUUCGCCGAGAGCGGACCACCGCUAGCGCCUCACGUGCUCUCCGACGCCUACAUAGACCGUGUGCUGAGGUGGUCGCUCGACAACGCACGGAUCGAGUACCUGUCGGAUCUUGUGUCACGGGACUUCAGCUACCUGUGGGCGGUGCCGGAGCGACUGAGGGACGACCAACUGCCCGUGGAGGACCCAGCGGGCACGCUCUCUGUUCUGCUCGAUCGGUUAUCCGGCCGACCGGAGGACUCUCUCACCAAGGACGAGCUGGUGCCCCUGUUCCGCGCCGUGGCCGGCGAGAGAAGGAUCAAGUUCAGCGCGCUGAUGAAGCUGCUUCGAUUGGCACUCAGCGGAGUGGAGGAGGGCCCCGGCGUCGCAGAAAUGAUCGCCGUUCUCGGCAAGGAGGAAGCCCUCCAGAGGAUCUCAACUUCGAUCGCUCACGCGCCUAGCGAGCAUGCCGCGCAGAGCUGACGGCAAGACCACCUCUGUUUAAAUGAUUGAGAGACUGCUGGGACGUAUAAUGUUCGUAUUUGAGGCCCCCGACGCCCUGGGGGCCGGAGCCACGCUGUUACGUGCUGAUUAAUGUAAGGAUGUGAUAACGGUAAAUAAACCGAGUGGCUGAGCCCGCGGAUGUUAUCGAUACUCUGCCGGCGAUGAGCCCGGGCGGCGCGCUCAAUGUUUGGCCGGGGCGUAUCUCAUCGGCCCGGCUGGAUUCGCCUGUGAAAGAUGUAUUUGGUUAUGGCCGGUGGGCUGAUCGAGUGAUGUCUCAUUCAAGAGCUGCCCGUAGAUCAGCGGUCUGCAUUGGUGCGCGGUAUUGCGAGAAAUACUCUAGCCCUAAAAUAGUUUUCCGAUUGGUUAUUUGAUUGACACUAUGAAAGACACGGUACCCCGGUGGAGUAGUUCUUUACGUGAAUUUGUAUGGAAUUUUAAAGCUUGGCAAAUGGAUGACAUCGAUAUCGAAGGUGACAGGCACAAUUCGGUGCGACAAUGCCGUGAAAUCGAGCUUUUGCUCCUCAAAUGUGAAUUAUCGCGUCAUCUAUCACCAGAAAUUGCCCUCAGUCGCCACAGAAUUGAAUGAUAAGCACAAGCUAUUGUCUGGCUAGUCGAAUAGCUGUGACAUCCAGCGGUGAUUCGGUGCCAUGCUAUGUUUGCAAUGGCGAGAGUUCAUUCAGAAAUGCUGUCGCCUGUUGCAAGUUUUUUUUUGCUUGGAAACUCAGAAUUGUUCAACCUCAACACCUUUUGUUUGGCGAGUCUCAGACUAAGUUCGCAAUAAAGGUGAAAUCAUC